CAAGUGUAUGCCAAAACCGGCUGCACGAGCUCGGCUUGGUUUUUGAGGAAUUGUUUGUCGUGGAGUGUGGUGGAAGCUUAGAAAAAUUCGAAGCCCUUCUGCGGGGAUACUACGGAGCACCAGCACCCGGCGCUUUCGUAGAGGGAACAACAAGACAACCAGGACACGAAGUUGUACGAUCAUCUUCUUCGAGUUCAUACAAUGCACUUG